GGGUGAAACUACUAUCACAGGAUCCGGUUGGCCCUGUUUUAACCAGACCACUUUUUACCUUCGGAACUAUUUCAGUCCCCUAUUUCACAAGUUAAUUAAAAAUACUGGACCAUGGCCACUUUUCUUUAACUGAAAACCGGCCGGACCACUCGGUCUAGAUGGUGGCUACGGGCCUGUAUCACAGGGACUACCAUCACCUUAUUUGCCUCACCGAACUACAGAUGCCUGCCACAUUAGGUACACUUCGUGCCUUUCCCACAAAUAUCUAAGAAUUCGUUUCCUGUUUUUGGCGUCAUUUCCGCCAGGAAAAAGCGUAAUACACGAGAAGAAGCUGUAACGUUGUUCAGAGGAGGAUACACGGCUAUAUGAAUAAUACCCUAUACGUUUUUAUACUUCAAAUCCUAACUCCAUUUKAUAGAUAAAGGAGCAGUGAAAUACAACAGCGGAUUUUUGACUGAUCAUGACACGAACCUACUUGGAAGCAGUCAGCAUACCACUGAUUCUGAUUUGGAUGACCUUGAUUGAUUCCGGUUCAGCCCAGUGUUCUUGCUAUACGUUUGAUGGAGCGCCUCUCAAAUCGUGGUCUGAAAGUCGAAAACUGUGUACGGAUAAUGAUGGAGAACUGGUUUCUAUGGAAACAUUAGAAGAAUGGGAGUUUAUCAAGACACAGAUACAAAGUAGGAAAACAGAUAAAGAUGGUUACGAUGAAUGGUGGAUUGGUCCAGAGAAGAGAGAUGGAAGAUGGGAAUGGCUGAGUAACCACUCCCUGACAUACAACAAGUGGCAAUACAAUAAACCUGAUGAUUCGAAUAAAGACUUAAUUCAUGUAAUAAUGGCAAAGAGUUAUCCACCAGGUACCUAUGGGCUAUUCCGCAACAAAAAAAGUGAUUCGCGAAAAGGAACGAUAUGUGAAUACAAAGGAGCAGAAAAAUGUAUAAGCAGUCUAAAAAGAGUGAGCUGGUGUUAUCCAACGACAGAACCUCCCAGCAGAAGCACAAUGACAAUGACUAACACUCCAUCUCAAACUGCAAAGAUGAGUACCACAGAUAUAGUGGGAAAUUAUUCUCCAGUAACACACCACUCUACUUUUGCUACCGACGGUCCCGUGGCCGCGGAAGAUUCCAGACCAUCUUUCCCUACAGCAAUAGUAGCCAGUGUUAUUGGUGUUCUUUUGCUAUCUAUUUGUCUAGUGAUUCUUGCGUGUAUAUGGAAGCAAAAGAAACAAGAACGAAAGCCAAGGAAAAACGUCCACUUAAACAAAAAGUCUCGGGUGCCAGUAAAGCUUGAAAGCAGUGUAUCAUCCAAUAUCAACGACUUCAUUGCUACAAGUGAAGUCAAUAUUGUCAGUGACAACGCCUCGCAACCAGAACCUGCUUAUGCUUCUAUAAGUGAUCAGAAGACCGUAGUCAACGUUACUGAUAGAACAAAUAAAGAGGCUGUGUCAGUCUAUGCUUCCGUGCAUAAAAACAAAACAUGGCCACACCAAACAACCAAUCAGGCAAACCAAUCUACAUCACACGUUAUAUAUGCUGAAUUAAAUGAGGCACAAAAAACUGUCAAUCAUAACAGUUGCCAUGGAAACGAAGAAUCAGAUAGCAUCAGUUAUGACAAUGAAAUAAAUACAAUGGGUGACCUGACCAAGGAUAACAGAUUAGUCUAUGCAGAGCUUGCAGAAUUCAAGGAUAGUAGUGAGCAGCGGCAGAGCUCAACAAAGAUGCCAUCUCCUUACAAGGCCACAGAAUAUGCUACUAUCAUGAAACCCAUCUUAUGCAACCGUUCCGAAUCCAAUGAGAACAUAACUGCAAUAUAGCUACGGACGUUUGGUUUAAAGUGAUGAAUACCCCAUUUUACAGUUCCGUUCGAGUGACCACGAACAAUAGUUGCAACUCGAGGCUGCAGUUUCCGCGCAUAGCAAAACUAUACUUUUUAUCAUGCGCGGAAACUCCAGCCUCGGCUUGGAACGGAACUUUAAAAUGGAGUAUUGAAAGAAAAUGGGAUAAUAUUUUAAUAACAUUAUUUCUGGUUGCAAUAGUUGGAACUUAUGAAAAACAAUGAGUAUUGAAUGAUAAUCGCAAUAUGAAGUAAACAAUAGUUGUGACAAAAAUACCCCCAGGGGGUGGUGGAGGGGAAGCCAGAUGACAGGCCAACUUAAAUACAUAAAAAUUACAGUAACUAAAAACACAUAAAAUCAGCAGGAAGAAAGUUCAAAACCAGAGAAAGAAAAAAAAAAGGGAUAUUAAUGAGUCUUACUAAAUAAGCUUUUUGAUAAUAACAAAUUAUUUAUAAACUCGAACCUUCUUAAGAGUUCAAUGUACAUAAUUAUUCAUUGCGAAUAAUGCUCAAACAUUACCAAAAAUCAAUAAAAUAAUGACAAGAUAUUGUAAUAUAUCAUUCUGGACAUACAAUAGACAUAAUAAAGUCAGCUAGUUUCAGUUGUUUUUAGUUUAAACAACGCUGAAUUGAACGCUGAAGCUACAAGUUUACAAGGCUCCAUUUAAAUUUUCAACUACACGAGUUUACUUACCUCCUACUUCAAAUUGCUUCAAAAUAUCAUUAGCUGUAUAGUUCAGUCUUCAUUAAAGCUGUGUGUUGUCA